AUAUUCAAAUCAAAGAUGAAACUGAUAGUCGAAUUAUACACACUUUUCGUGCUUAUUUUUACAUUAUCACAAGCUCUCGAGAGACGCAGUGUGUUCUACGUCAAGCAUAAUUCUACCGAGAAAACACAAAAAUCGAUUUCAUCUAGCGAUGAAAAACCCACCCUCUGGCUCAAAGAUCACGAUGCACCCCGGAUACGACCGCAUUUCAGCUUAACUAAAACGUCCAGCUUCUUGUUUGACCUCAACCGAUACCGGUGCCGUAACCCGAUAAACGCCGACUGCAUUAACCGGACGGUGUUGUUUAGAGCAAAAAUUAUAGGAGAACUCCGAAAGCGAUUAAAAGAACCGUUCACAGAUGGUGAUCACUAUCAGGUACGCUACGGCCGACCGCUGGAACCGGUGCCUAGUCCUGUCUGUCGGAUGGUACGUGCAAACGUACGAGUUCUCUCCUGGAAGGAACCACCCUUUACGUGGAAUGAAAUCGGAAGCUACCUGCCCACGACUCCAGUGUUUGGUGGCAUAACUAAUGGGAGCUGUGUCAUCGUUGCUAGUGCGGGUUCGCUGAAACGAUCUCAGCUGGGUUCGUUCAUCGACGAGCACGACAUCGUGAUGCGGUUUAACCAUGCCCCUACGGAGGGGUUCGAAGCGGACGUCGGUUCAAAAACUACCAUCCGUGUGGUGAACUCGCAAGUCGUUACAAAGCCCGAAUAUCGACUGCUGUCAGCACCACUGUUCCGAAAUGUCACGAUUGCCGCCUGGGACCCGGGAAAGUACGAACAAUCUCUGUCCGAAUGGCUUGCAACUCCGGACUUCAAUUUGUUCGAAAACUUUAAAAAGUUCCGCAGUAAUCAUCCACAUUCCAACUUCCACAUCAUAGACCCACGCAGCAUUUGGAGAGCAUGGACAGCUCUCCAAGACUUAACACAAACACCUAUUCGGAAAAAUCCUCCAACGUCUGGAUUUAUAGGAUUGGGACUUUUAAUGCCCGUGUGCCGGUACAUAGACGUCGUGGAGUAUAUCCCCAGUACUCGCAUGAACGGACUGUGUCAUUACUACGAUGACGAACUAAAUCUCGGAUGUACGUUCGGUGCGUGGCAUCCACUAGCGGCGGAGAAGCUUCUCGUCUUCCAAAUGAACUCGGCCGAUGACUACAGUGUCUUCCAGCAGGGUACCGUUCGCAUUCGCACCGAUCAGCUAGACCGGUGCUAG